AUGAAUAAUUAUAUUUCAUAUCAUGAUGGAAAUAUCAAUGAAGAUACUUAUGAUGAUGAUUCUAUUGAUAGAAAACAUCAUUUAUACAAUUCAUUAGGAUCGAUUCAACUUCAACGAACAAAUAUAAAUCCUUCAAAUUAUCCAAUAUUACAUCAAACUUUAUCAACUAUUUCACCAAAUCAAACACAUGUACAUCAUCAACGAGAUAUUUUAGCAAAAAAUUCUCGUCGUAUAUUCAUUAACGAUGAUAUUAUUACAAUUGAUCAUAAUGAUACUGAUGCUUCAUUUAUAUUACCAAAUUUAUAUGAAUUACCAGAAGAUAUUCGUAUGCGUGUUAUGGAUAAUCUUGUUGAUAUAUCGACAAUGGUAUCAUUGGAAGAAACAAGACGUCUCAAUUGGUGGGUUAAUAAAAAAUUACCAUGUUCGAAAUUAUAUCCUUUAGUAACAAGUGGAGAUGGAAAUUGUUUAUUACAUGCAACAUCACUUGCAAUGUGGGGUUUUCAUGAUCAUUCAUUAUCAAUGCGUAAAGCAUUAAAUGAAACAUUAAUUACAUCAAAACCAAAUAAUUCACUUUAUCGACGUUGGCGUUGGACUCAAUCAGUACAAAAUAAAAAAUAUGGUCUUGUUUUUUCUGAACAAGAAUGGGACGAAGAAUGGAGAAGUUUAUUACGAUUAUCAUCAGCUGAACCACGUGUUUCACAAACAAGAUCAUUCGAUUUAAAUUCUUCAAUUGAUGAAAUCAAUUAUUCAAAAUCAUCUCAAACAAAUAUUGAUCUUCCAACAAAAUCUUCAUCACAAUCAACUCGACAAUAUUAUGAAAGUUUAGAAGAAUUUCAUGUUUAUGUUCUUGCUAAUAAUAUUCGUCGACCGAUUGUUAUCUAUUCAGAUACAAUAUUACGUACAAAUGAUGGUGAAGCUAUUUCACCGAUUGAAUUCGGUGGAAUUUAUUUACCAUUAGAAAUUUCACCUGAUAAAUGUCAUAAACAACCGAUAUUUUUGGCAUAUGAUGCUGCACAUUUUUCAGCUCUUCUACCUAUGGAACAAAAUAGUAAAUCAACAUCAAAAAUUACUUAUCGAAUACCUUUAAUCGAUAUUGAUACAUUUGAUAUUUUACCAAUUCAUUUUUGUAUUGAUCCUGGUGUAAAUUUUCAAUGGCCAAUUGAUGAAGAAUUAUCUGAUGAUAAAAUACAUUUCUAUAUGAAUUAUGGAGAAAAUCGAAUGAAUAUUCUUGAAAAAUAUUUAAAUUUAUCAAAAGAAUAUUUUUCAUUAAAUAAUUUAUUUUUACAAACAAUAAAAACAAAACAUGAUAAUCGUAUAUCAACAACAGAUAUAAAUUUAUCAAAUGAAUUAAAUUCAACAAUAACAAAUAAAAAAUUCUCUCGUCCAUCAUUAAAUUCAUUUUCAAAAAUUUUUCGUCGAACAUUUAUUGAACCAUUUUCAUCAACUAAACGUCUAUCUCAUAAAAAUUCACAUGAUAGUUCAAUACAAGAUACAUCUAAUUUAUCAAUAAUCAAUAAAAAUAUGUUUGAAAAUCAAAGAUCAUCACCAUUAUUAAAUCAUCAUACAAAUAUUUUAACAAUAAUUCUAACUAAUUUUCAACCAAAACGACCACAAACAUCUGAUAAUAUGAUUAAAAAUUAUAUUGAUACAUGUAUGAAUGAAUAUUAUUUUGAAAAAAAUCAAAAACAAAUCAAUAAUGAGAAUGAAAAUUUACAAAAUAUUGAACCAUUAACAAGUUUAAAUGAAACUAAUAUUUCAAAAAUUAUCAAUCAUUAUUCUGAUUCAACGGAUACUUCAUCAUCAACAAUAAAUUCAUAUCAUCAAGACACUGUGUCAACUAAUAUAUCUACUAAUAUGAAUAAAAAUUCACAUGAAAAACAAACAAGACAUAAAUUACUUCAAAUACCAUUAAAUUCUUUAAAUAAAACAAUUCCAUUAAAUCAACAUAUAGAAAAAAAUUCUAACAUCGGUAAUUUAUUACCAAUAGAAAAUAGUCAAUUUUCAAUAAACGAUAAUUAUAUAGAACAAACACAACCAAAAUCAAAUCGAUUGAUACAAAACAAUAGUGUUGAUAUGACUAAUGAUCAACAUUCUAAUCUUGCAUUUCAUGGUAAUAGUAUCUCAAAUAAAUUUUUUCCUAGUCAAAAUUUAAUCUCAUCACCUUUAAAACGUCAGCAAUCAAUAAGUUCUGAUAAAACUUUAAAUAAUUCAUUUGAAAAUAAUCAAAAUUUAAAUAAUUUUAAAUCAACAAGCAUAAAUAUUAAUAAACGUAUACAAAUAUUAAAUUCAAUAUCAAAUCUUACACAACAAAAACGUCUUUAA